CCUUGAGAGAAGCCAGCGAGCUGCAAGAAGCGGUGGGCGUGGCUGUCCGCGUGACGUCACCAGCCUGCCCGAGAGAAGCGAGCUGCAAGAAGGCGCACGGAGAAGCCGCGGAGGAGGCGAGCACAAAUCAGACAUUUCAAGACAUUCUUGGACUAGCUGCCUCUGGAGCAGUGAAGUGUCUUCAUGGCAGUUCGUAGAGGACACAUUCAGUACUUGGAUCAGGAGGUAUACGACAUGUCCAACGGAUAUGAAGACCACAUGGCGGGGGAGGAGGCCAAGGACCCCAAGACCAACCUGAUCGUCAACUACCUGCCCCAGAGCAUGGCGCAGGAGGACCUGCGCAAACUCUUCAGCACCGUUGGUGAAGUGGAGUCAGCCAAGCUGAUUCGAGACAAAGUCUCAGGCCACAGUUUAGGGUACGGAUUUGUUAACUAUGUUAACCCUAGUGAUGCAGGCAGAGCUAUCGAAUCACUGAACGGACUAAGGCUACAGUCCAAAACUAUCAAGGUGUCGUACGCACGGCCCAGCUCUGACACCAUCAAGGAUGCCAACCUGUAUGUCAGCGGCCUGCCCAUGUCCAUGACCCAAAAGGACGUGGAGAAAAUGUUUACAUGUUUUGGCCGCAUCAUUAAUUCCCGCGUGCUCGUCGACCAGAACUCGGGCAUGUCCCGCGGGGUGGCGUUCAUCCGCUUCGAUAAGCGGUCCGAGGCCGAGGAGGCGGUCAAGAGCCUGAAUGGUCAAAAGCCGCACGGGGUCUCUGAUCCUAUCGCGGUUAGGUUCGCUGGCAACCCCAAUCAGGUGAAGAACAGCCAGGUCAUCUCCCAGCUCUACCACAACCAGUCCAGACGCUUCGCCGGGCCCAUGCACCACCAGGCUCAGCGCUUCAGGUUCUCCCCGAUGAGCGUGGACCACAUGGGCGGCGUCCCCGGCAACCCCGCGUCCGGCUGGUGCAUCUUCAUCUACAACCUGAACCAGGAUGCCGACGAGAGCGUCCUCUGGCAGAUGUUCGGGCCCUUCGGCGCCGUCACCAACGUCAAGGUGAUCCGCGACUUCAACACCAACAAGUGCAAAGGCUUCGGCUUCGUCACCAUGACUAACUACGAGGAGGCCGCCAUGGCCAUCGCCAGCCUCAACGGCUACCGGCUGGGAGACAAGACGCUGCAAGUGUCCUUCAAGACCAGCAAGGGCCACAAGUAAAACAGCCCGGGAAGUCUGGUCGGUGUUUCCACACGGUUAACGAUGUUCGGUCUUCUGCACCUUGUCUAAAAGUGUCUCGGAACUAUUCAUGUUUGUUCGUUCUCGGUUUUCACAUUUGAAACAUGGCGGCAAAAAUCCCAACACAGGAAAAGUCACCUCUUGCGACGUGUGUGCGCCCAGGCGGUAGACUUCCUGUGGAAUGGCGUCCACGUUUCUUUGAUUAACGCCCUCGCGUGGAGCCAAGGUUAGCUGUGAGCAGAGAAGCAGUAAGUACACAGUAGGAAGACAUUAAAGCCUUCAGUUGUCAUCCAGCAGAGAAAAGCACUUUGUCUUUCUGUCCCCUCCUGGAAGUGAACUUUGAACAUGGUUAUUUUUGUGCUCAAGUCAGUGUGAUGGACCAAAAUCAGUUCAAAUUGGACGGUUUAGUUUUUUGUCAAGCGGUACUAAAAUUUCCAUCAGACUCAAUGCAUCUUUACUUGUUUUGACUUCUUUGACUUAGUUGUUAUUAGUGCUCUUCUUAAGUUUGGAGUGAAAUGAACAGCCUUGUUACUAAUUUUUACUUAUUAAUUGCUUUCCCUUUUUCUUUUACUUGUUCCCCCUCCAUUUCCACCAUUAAAGUUACUUUUUUUUUGCCGAA